CAGUGAUAAGACCGGCAAUUACUCAUCGCUAGCAACUUUCUAAUCAACUUUCAUUUAUAACUAUAACUUCGAUUAACGUUCUUUUCGAACGGAUUUAAAUUCUCAACGCUCUCUGAUUCUCUCUCUGGAAGCGGCAUACUACGAUUUUGAUUAUCAGAGGCUGUCAAUCAUGGAGUUAACACUGGAGAUUAUGUUUUACGUGGGUGUUGCCGUCUUUGUGCACAUUUUGGUAAUUCUGUUCGUUAUGGGUAAGCAAAAGAGCAAGUCAAUUUGUGGACGCCAUGUGGUGGUCACGGGAGGAUCCAAGGGAAUUGGCCUCUGCCUGGCUGUCGAGUGUGCAAUGAAAGGAGCGGAUGUAACUGUGAUAGCUCGCGAUGAAAAAAUGUUAAGUGGAGCUGUGGCUCUCAUGGAAGUUAUACGUCAACGACCCGAACAAAAGUUUCAGUUUCGCAGCCUUGACAUCGGUGGCGACUACGAGCAGGUCGAACGGGUUUUGGGCGAGAUCGAAGAAAGUGUCGGUCCCAUUUAUGCACUGAUCAACUGCGCCGGCAUGGCCAUUUGCGGUGUCUUCGAAGAGGUCUCUGUGGCCGAUGCCCGUAAACUAAUGAAUGUGAAUUUCUUUGGAAGCUACAAUUGCACACGCUAUGUCCUGCCCAAAAUGAAGAAAGCAGGGGAAGGCAUUAUAGUUAUAACAUCGUCGCAGGCGGCAAUGUUUGGAAUCUUUGGAUAUGGUCCAUAUGCGGCCAGUAAAUAUGCCCUGCGUGCCAUGGCCGAGACUAUAGCCAUGGAGUCAAGAGAAUUCGGGGUAUCCGUAACUCUCGCCUUGCCCUGCGAUACAAAUACACCAGGAUUCGAAGAGGAAGAGAAAUCCAAACCACGGGAAACAAAAAUCAUCUCCGGUGGCGGUGGAUUGGUGGAACCAGAGGCAAUGGCCAAAGCCAUUUUGAAAGACGCUUUGAAAGGAAAUUUUAUUUCGACUGUGGGCGCUGAAAGUUGGUUAAUCACUAUGUUGGGCGGUGCCUUAAUGCCCUGGGAUGGCUUCUUUACCAAUCUACUCCAUGCCUCAGUCAUUGGUCCUUUGCGUUUGUUCAGCUACGGCCUGCAUAAAUAUUUCAAUAGUGUCAUCAGCAAAUGCGCCAAGGAAGAUCGUCAACAAAAGGCCCUGAAAGAAGAGGGAUCGAAUUGAAAUUGUUAAUUAACUGAGAUGUUCAAAAAUAUGUUGAAAAUCGUACCUGAAUGGCAUUAAUGUAACCUUUUUUAACAAAUUACAAAUCACAAUUGGGAACAUCCGUUUUAAUUGAGUUGUUCUAAGUAUAUUAACUAAUU